ACGCCCCCUUCUCCAAACAACGCAGGCGCAGUGAGGGGUUAGAGGUCUUUCCCGGCAGCGAUGGCGGAAGAGAGGACUCGUAGCGGCUCCAAGGCGAGGAGGCAGCGCCGGCGCCCGGGCAAUAAACAGCCCAGUGUCCUGACAAAUGAAGAUGCCGCACAAAGGAAAGCAGCACUUGAAGCCGCUAUUAGAAAGAAGAUUGAGCAUGAGCGAAAAGCCUUGAAGGUGGUUGAACGCCUUUUAGAAGAUGAUAUCACUGAAGAAUUCCUCACAAAUUGUGGGAAGUUGAUUACACCUUCUCACUAUAAGGAUGUUGUGGAAGAGCGGUUUAUUGUCAAACUGUGUGGCUACCCCACCUGUCGAAAUAGGCUGCAGAAUGUACCAAAGCAAAAGUACCAAAUUUCAACAAAAACAAACAAAGUUUACGAUAUUACUGAAAGAAAGUGUUUUUGCAGCAACUUCUGUUACAGAGCAUCAAAAUACUUUGAAGGUCAAAUUUCCCAAAGUCCGGUGUGGCUGCGAGAUGAAGAAAGGCCACCAGACAUUGAAUUACUAAAAGAAGGAGCAAGGGGUGAUGCUGGGAAGGAAGUAAAACUAGUUACUGAAGGCGUUUCAACUUUAGACAUUGACAGUCAUGUCCCAGCGGCUGUCCAAGUUGACUCUAGCACAGAAAGCGAGAGUGGCAGCAGCGAUGCUGAGCAAGAAUUUGUUUCUUCCAUUCUGCAAGAGAAUCUGUCAGGAGCAGAGAAGGAAACUCUGAAGGUGCCCAGAAACAGUAUCCUCAAAAAGAAGCCAGCCGAAAGAGUCCAGUCUGAGCCCACCCCUAUUGAAAAUCCAGUUAACAAGGCAGUAGAGCAGCUGAGCAGAUGUGGUUUGGGUGGCCCAGAAGAGAAACACAUUGUUCCCCAUCAAUCACAGACUGAAAAGCCUGAUACUUCUGAGUACAGUCUAAUUCCUGAACCUGUUCCCAUCUCAGAUGACUCUGGAAGCAACUGUGGAGGUUCGCAGGUGGUUUUCCUGGGUAUGAGCCAAAAGGGGAGAGAGCGAUUUAAAAAGCUGUUUGCUAAAUCAAAACAGCCUGGCAAUCCUGAGCUAAAAGGCCCUGUGGACUCUCUGGCUGCCAAAGAGUGUUUGCUAGAAAAUAUCAGGCAAACAUUUAGUGAAUGGAAGACUGAGGAAACACUGAAACUGCUUUAUGGCUCCAGCUUUGUAGGUACCUGCAUGCCACAGGAGCAGACUCCACCAGCUGAUUGUGAAAAGGAAGAACUUGAUGAGGAUGAUUUGGAUAGUUCUGAGGAAACUAAUACUGCCAAUUACUUAAUGGAUAAUCUGAACUCUUUGAACAAGUCUGUGCCUUCCAGGGACCCCAGUAGAGCAGCCAAACUUGUGCCUAGCUUUGAAAAAUUGAAAGAAGAGACAUCACAGCUAGAACUGAAGGUGAAGGAGUUCUACCAAGGAAAGUUCACCGUUGCAGAAGAAGAACAGACAAUAGAGUCAGGAGGAGAGAAGCUGUCUAGCAAAGAUCAAGAAGACCAGCAGUGGACUCCAGUUUUUCCACUUGUAGAUUCUAAAGCCCAGCAGCAGAUUCGGACACAGAUUGUACUUGAAAAGCUGCGGAAGGCCUUGCCUGCUGUUUUGGGCCCUCUUCAGAUUCCUCUUGGAGAUGCCUACAAGGAACUUAAAGGUCUUAUUAAAACAUUCAGAAUCUUGCCUGGUAUCGAUGUGAGGCUGACUGGACGGUAAUUGUUUGGGUCAUCCUUUUUUCCUUCUUGAAGAUAAGGACCACAUUUGCCCUCCUCCAAUCUGCUGGGACUUGUCGCAUUCUCUAAUAAGAAGACUCAGGGCGAUUUCCAACAUAGGCAAAACAUGCACUUGUCAAUAAGAGACCAUAUAAAACAAAAACAUACAAUCCUGCUAAAACAACCACAAAAAUUAAAAUCCAGUUUUAGUCUCCUCCAUCAGAUGGGUUCAAAAUACCAAUGGUCAGAAUUUCAGAAUGGACAUGGCCAACUAUGAAGGGCUAGAAAAAGCUGGUGCGACAGGGUAUCAUAGGGCCAGGGAAGUGGAUAAAGUGCAGAGCAGGGUCCUGGUUGGCAACCAAGGGGAAGGGGCCUAGGGUCUAGGAACCGCCAGGUUUUCAGGUCCCUGCAGAAAGAGGACAGUGUAGGGGCUUGCCUGAUCUCUCUAGGUAGAGCAUUCCAAAGUGGGGGGGGGGGGCACCACCGAGAAGGGUCUCUCCCUCGUUCCCACCAACUACACUUGUGACGGUGGCGAGAGUGAAAGGAGGGCCUCCCUGACAGAUCUUGGAACCCGCGCUGGUUCAUAGGGGCUUCAUAAGAACUCUCAAACAUUAUUGCCCCUGGUUCCGAAUUGACAUCCACUAGUUCGGAUGUAGUUGAUCUGGUCCUGGGGAUUUGAAUGUUUAAAGCGGCCAGGUAUUCCUGGACAACUUGUUUCCCUAUUUGGGGUUGGAUUUCCCCUCAUCCUUCGUUCACUCCGUGUUGCUGAGGUUGAGGAUGGCUUUCUUUUUGUGAGAAGACUCUGAGGCAAAGAAGGCAUCUGAGGAUGCCUGCCAUAGAUGUGGGCGAAAUGUCAGGAGAGAAUACUUCUGGAACAUGGCCACACAGCCCGAAAGACAUACAACAACCCCAAGACAUUAAGUAGUUCUACCUUUUCCCUAUCCCCUGUGCCUCCUUGUUCUUCAUUUUUCUAGCAGUGUAAGCAAGGGAGUACUUUUUAUUGUUGUAAUGUCCCUGGCAAGCCUGAGCGCAUUUUUCGCUUUAGCCUUGCGAACCUUUUUCUUAAUUUUUCCCUUUAUUUUCUAUGUUGUUUUCUUGUGUUGUGCAAAGAAAAGGGAGUGUUACUCAGCAGUACUAUUACCUAUAGAUGUGACAGAGGAGUAGUGAACCAUUUCUACAUGGGAUUUGCUCUUGAUUGUUUUCUGAAAGCUUUUUCCCCUCUUCUGAGGCUUUGGCACUGACACACAGCUUGUUUGGGAAAGUGACUGCCCUUUCUCUGCUCCGUAUUAUUUAGGGCUUCACACCUGAAGGUUGCUUCCUUCAGUCUGAAAUGGCUUCUUUGGGACCACUGGGUCGGUGGUAAGUCAGGAGUUGUGUAACCAGAGGUUUCCGACUGUGAAGCCCUGACGGUUCCUCCAGUCUAGGGAGAGCCUGCAUUGCCUGCUCUGUGUUGUUGCAUGUAGCAGAUUAUUAGUGUCUUCUGGCUACCUCUGUUGUAAGUAGCAUAUUGAUGGCAACAACUAGUGUUGAGACCUUGCCAAUCAAUACUGACAUUGAAUGAGAGUUAAUUGACACAAAUAACUGCAUCUCUCCGUUUAUGUACAAGAAUGAUGCCUUCCUGAGCUGUGAUCAAUACUGGCUCCUUGUACAGCAUUGAAAAAAAGCUGCUUUCCCCUGCUCUUUGACAGAAUACUCCCCAGUGAUUUCAGACCUGUCUCUUCCACUGUGUCUCAUCCAGGCAGAUUAACUGGAAGGGAACAUAUGAAUUUGCCUGUCAGGAUGAUUCCAUCAGGCAAUUCCUCUUUAAGUGUUUACCGCUGUCAUCAGUACUGAGUCUAGACCUUCAGCCUUUUCUUUGUCUCCUAUUCCCAAAGCCAGAAAGCAUAACAGUUUAGUAAGUAAUGACUAUGUUUGCUGUAUGGCUUUCCAUACAAAAUCCUUCUAUUCAUUUAAACUUGUGCCUUAUCAUUUUUUCACUAUUUCAGUGAUAUUAGAUUUCAUUGGUUAGAGAUAAGAACAGAAGACACAUGCAGAUUAGAUGUGGAAUUGCCAGAAUUAUAAGUGGUCCUUGAGCUAAAGAUGAUAUUUUUAUGUUGUAUACAGAGUCUGUUUUCCCCCAGUUUCUCUGUUCUCAUUCAAGAUGCAUACUUGGAAGCAAAUGCUGCUGAAUUCAGUAACACCUUCUUUCCAGUAAAUGUAUAUAGUAGAAUAUUCUUAAUGACUUUUACAUCACUUGUUUUGUAACAGAAUCAAGGAUUGAAAGCAGGCAUUUCCUGAAUGGUCAUGUACACUGCAAAUUAUGAUUACUUUAAAAAAAACGACAUAUGCUACAAUUCCAGGUGUCAUAUUGCAGCAAACACUUCACCAUUCAAAUGUUUGAGCUAUACUGUAUUUUAUAAAACUGUUAAGUUUCUAGGUUUGUAAAUUGUAUUAAAAGGUUUGUUUAAAAACCAUAAAUGAACAACUGAUUAUCUGAAGCUUGGUGUCCAACAUUUAGUAGCUUUUUAGAAUUUAAUUUUUUAAACAAUGUUUAUGUGUUUACAGUGAUUCUGAUUUGUCUGUUUGAAGGGCUGGUGUUAUUAAUCACUUAAAAGUUGGUUUAUUCUUAUUGCAACCUUCUGAAUAAGAGUCUUCCAAGACACUCCAUCAUCAGAUAUGUUUAGAUGAAAAACUGUGGCUUCUUUGAUUGAGUCUAUUCAUCUGUAAUUUGGCCUUCCUGUUUUCCUACUGCAAACACUAUUGUGAUAAUGUCAUCCCAUGAUAUGGCCAAGGUAUGAUAGCCUCACUUUGAUCAUUUUGGCUUCUAGGGAGAGUUCAAGCUUGAUUUGUUCUAGGGUCCAUUUAAUGGUCAGUUAGCAGUCCCUGCUAUGCAUAGAACACAUCACCAGGUCACUUAUUCCUCAGCUUUCUUCAUUGCCCAGCUUUCACAAUCUUACAUAAGUCCUAGCCUCCUAAUUUCUUGACAAACUGUCUUGAUUUUAUUUAUGACUGAGCAAGAUAUAGACAAUCUUUGAAUAUUACCAUGUGUUUAUCAUGCCUAAAGGGUACAUCUGCCAUUUUCCUUCCUUGCUACAUGAGAUCCUCUCAUUCUCUUCCAAAUAAUAAUGAAUUGAUACUUACGCAUACCUCUGUGUGUGCUUGUAUUCUCAUCAUGUUUAAAAUGCCUUUAAAGCAGUGGUUCCCAACCUUUUUUGACCAGGGACCACUUAACCAGGAAUCACUUUGGCCAGGGACCACUCUCCAACAUUAGUACCAAAAGGAUUACAAAUUAGUUUUUGGUCAACUUUAGAUUCGGUUUGGUUAUUUGAGGGGCUGAUUCAGAAAAUUACAUUGGAUAGACUACAUCAGUGGUAGUUUCCAAUGCAGAAUAUAUGCCAUCCAGUAGUCGCCAUCUGCUCGCUCACAGAAAACCAUAUUUAACAAUCUGGAGCUGAUGUGGUCUAUCCAAUGCAAUUUUCUGAAACCGCACCUUAAAUAACUCAAGGAACAGGCGUAAAAACAAAGACACCAAGGCGCCCCACUUCCAGGUGCCACUUGGAACGGCUCCGCUUAGAGGGAGGGAGGGAGGCAGAGGAGCAGCAGCAGCAGUCAGGAGGCUUGUCGCACCUUUCGUGGGUAAUUAGCCUCUCCUCUCCCGACAUCCCCGUUGCCUCAGCACUAUAAGAGGGAUUUGUGAUACCAGUCACUCUCGUUGCAAUGGUGUAAUAACGAUGAGGCCACAGACCAUAUUUUAGGUCUUGGGGACCACUGGUGGUCCACGGACCACAGGUUGGGAACCACUGCUUUAAAGUGUUUUGAAUUAGUUUUUUUUAAUAGGGUUAUAUGCGUAUUUGUAUGUGUAUAUAUAACCAUUGUAUUUAAGGUGUACUUUUAAUCUGUGUUAUAAACCAUUUGAUUAUAAAUUAAACCAUUCAGUAGUGACAGAUUAACUAGAUGCCCCAAUAUAGAUAUAUUGUGGGUGGGUAUUAGCAAGCCCUUAAUGCAUUAGGAAAGCAGAUAGAAAAGGCUAAGUUUAUGUUGGUAUAAAUUUGCCCACUCUGCUAUUUCAGAAGUACUUAAACUAUUAAUGCUGGGUUUUUUUUUUGGUUU